CGGAGCCCAGAGACACACAGCCCAUUGUUCGCAUCACUCACCCGGCGCCUCCGGACAAAGGGCGCGCUCUGCCCAUCUACAGCACGCACCCGGCCGCCGCAGGUGACCCGACCGGGCUGAGGGGACCCCGACUGCAUUGACCCACAUCCGACCCAUUCAUCAUGCCAAGGAAGAAGGUGACAGAUGGAGCUGGACCUGGAAAUGGCGCUGCCCGUCCUGGAGGCCGGAAGAAACCUGCGGGCAAGAAGAGAGACAGAGAUGAGUUCAGCAGCGAUGACGAUGAUCUGGAUGGGAGCCCUGGCUCUGACGGAUUCCAGGGGCCCAAUAGCAAACGUGGAGCUGGAGGCAAGGGCGGCAAAUCCCCGGCACCAGCCGCAGUCAUAGUCAACGAGCCCGAGCACACCAAGGAGAAGAUUAAACUCGAAGGCUCUAAAGCAAAGGGUCAGUUGUUGAUUUUUGGUGCAACCAACUGGGAUUUGAUUGGACGGAAAGAAGUGCCUAAACCGCAAGCUGCUUAUCGUAACUUGGGCCAGAACCUGUGGGGACCUCACCGAUACGGCUGUCUGACAGGGGUACAGGUCCGAACUGUGGCCUCCGGGCCCUGUUCUGCUCACAGUAUACUUAUCACCACAGAGGGGAAGGUGUGGAGUUGGGGCCGAAAUGAAAAGGGCCAACUCGGACACGGCGAUAUCAAGAGGCUGGAUGCCCCAAAGCCCAUUGAGAGUCUUAAGGAUGAAGUGUUCGUGUACGCGUCCUGCGGGAGGAACCACACACUGGCACUGACAGAGACCGGAUCAGUCUAUGCAUUUGGAGAGAAUAAGAUGGGUCAGCUCGGCCUGGGCAAUAAGACAGACGCUGUGUCCAGUCCAGCUCAGAUUUUGUAUAACGGGCAGCCGAUCACUAAGGUGGCAUGUGGAGCAGAGUUCAGUAUGAUCAUGGACUGCAAAGGGAACCUGUAUUCCUUCGGAUGCCCCGAGUAUGGACAGUUGGGUCACAACUCUGACGGCAAGUACAUAGCACGGGCUCAGCGGAUUGAGUACGACUGCGAACUUAUACCGCGCCGAAUCGCUAUUUUUAUUGAAAAGACAAAGGACGGACAGAUUCUUCCAGUGACCAAUGUGGUUGUGAGGGACAUAGCCUGCGGGGCCAACCAUACGCUGGUUCUGGACUCUCAGAAACGCGUCUUUUCCUGGGGAUUUGGUGGGUACGGCCGACUGGGACACACCGAGCAAAAAGACGAGAUGGUCCCACGACUUGUGAAACUAUUUGAUUUCCCCGGACGCGGCGCCUCUCAGAUCUAUGCAGGAGCGACCUGCUCUUUUGCUGUCAGCGAGAUGGGUGGACUGUUCUUCUGGGGAGCAACAAACACAUCACGUGAUUCCACCAUGUACCCCAAAAGUGUGCAGGAUUUAUGUGGAUGGAAAGUUCGCAGUCUGGCCUGUGGAAAAAGCAGUAUUAUCGUGGCAGCUGACGAGAGCACAAUCAGCUGGGGACCCUCGCCAACCUUUGGAGAGCUGGGUUAUGGGGACAACAAGGCCAAGUCCUCCACCACAGCUCAGGAGGUGAAGACAUUAGACAGCAUCUACUCAGAACAGGUGGCCAUGGGCUAUUCGCAUACCCUGAUUGUGGGCCGAGAUGAAACGGAACAGGACAAGGAGAAGCUGAAGAAGCUCCCGGAGUACAACCCUCGCACCCUGUGAUGUGCUUUUUUCUGGUUUGGGAGGAGACUACAUAACAACCACUCCUCUCAUCCACCCCUAGUGACCCCUGCAGUGCCCUCCACUGUGGCAGGUGGCUCCAGCACUGACAGGGGCGAGGCAGCUGAACCUAAACCAAGGGGACUGGAAAUCCUCAAACACAUUCCUCAAGUUUUCUCCCACCUCCAAUUUUCCAGGAAAAAAAAAAAAACUUUUAAAAUCUGGUGUUUCCAUGGUGGUUAUGUUUCUAUGGAAACGUGAGGGACCACUCCGGGACCUGACUUUACUCCCUUUACUCUGCCGUAUGCUGCUGCUUCAGUUCCUUCCCAAUCCCCAUCCCACCCCAUCCGCUUCACCGCACGGUGCCGCCUGAUGCAAAGCAGAGUGCGCCCGGCGCUGAACUGCAAUCCAAACCCUUUGUGAGUUUCCAGAAUCGGUGCCUUGCGAUACGAGUGUUACUGGCAGCGUGAGCGGGCUCUGUUCCAGCAGUGCUGCACUAUUGGUGCCUUUCACUUACACGUGGUUGUGGUCGGCGCACGGCCCGGUCCACACUCCACCCGUGCGUUUACCAGCCUUGUUACAUAGAAAACCCAUUAUAAAGCUCCUUAUUUUAGUUUUCUUGUUAGAAAUAAAGGAAAAAAAAAACUUAAUGUCUCCUCUCCCCCUUUUAGCAUCAUCAGUAAGAUGAGCUGUCACUUCACUUGAAGCUAGUGCUCAUCCACCAUUUUGUCCGUGCAGAAAGUUUAAGGGUUCUUGCAAAUGGCAAUAAUGCGACCUUUCCGUUUUUUUGUCCCCGAUGUCCUGCAUUUACUUGCGACCAUUCCAUUGUUAGCGGGCAGCAGGAAGUUCUGCUCUUAGGUUAUGAUUUGCGUCCGGCGCUGUCUGAACGUUAACUGUACAGGUUUGUCUUUGAGUUGAUCCCGCCUGUGGCUGCGCCGCGUGUGGGGUCAGCGGCAGCUUAUUUCGCCAUUGUGUCUCCCCACAUUGCUCUGAAAUCAUUUUGCGCAAGGUCACAAGGUUCAGGGGUCCAUGUUGUAUCUUUCUGUUUUUGAGUUUUAUAUUUCUGAAGGUCAUUGUUUAAAUAAAAUACGUCUUUGUGUA